AUGUCGAGCGAGUACUUCCGCAUCGUGGAGCACACCGUCCGCUGCCAGCAUACACGCGAGUACAUUGCGGCCACUGCGAACGGCGACUUGGACACCCCUCUGUUGGCAGUCAAGCAGUACAUCCCAAAGGACAACGCGAAUCCACAGACCGGAGAUGUUACUAUCAUCGGCACACAUGCCAACGGGUUUCCAAAGGAGGUAUACGAACCAUUAUGGGAAGACAUAUACGUAAGAACCAAGAAAGAGGGUCUUCGCAUCCGAAGCAUCUGGGUAGCCGAUGCCUGGACGCAAGGGAAAUCCGGAAUAGCCAACGAAGGCAUACUAGGGCUUGAUCCCAGCUGGGCAGACCACUCGAGAGACUUGCUCAGUCUCAUCAACCAGAAGCAAGACGAGAUGCCCCAGCCCAUCGUCGGGGUGGGACACAGCAUGGGCGGCACGGAGCUGGUCCAGCUGGCCUUGAUGCACCCGCGGCUGCUGCGCUCCCUCGUGCUCAUCGACCCGGUGAUCACAAAGGGCAACGCCGGUGCCAUGCCGGCCGCUAUGUCCGCCCGACGGCGCGACCUGUGGCCAGCGCGCCAAGCGGCCGUGGAUGCGUUCCGCCGGAACCCGUACUAUCGGUCGUGGGACCCUCGUGUCUUUGAGCGGUGGAUGGAGCACGCCCUCAGGGAGGCGCCCACGGAGCUAUAUCCCCUGGAGUCUGGCUUGAAAGGGGGAGAGCCAGCCUCCCGUCCAGUCACACUCGCUACCUCCAAGCACCAGGAGAUUGUGGCAUUCCAGCGGCCUAUGGAGCGCAACGAGCUCACCUCCGGUCUAAAUGGUGCAUACCCGGCACAGACACUUCCCAAACACCCCUUCUAUCGCCCUGAGCCGCUGCAAGUGUACGAGCGGCUCCCCGAGGUGAGAUCAAGCGUCUUGUACAUCUUCGGGCGCAAGUCGCCCUUUGCGAUCCCCGAAGAGUGCGAGGCCAAGGUACGGCGUACGGGGUCCGGGCACGGAGGCAGCGGGGGUGUGGAGGCGGCCCGGGUGGAGCGAAUUGACCUGGACUGCGGCCACCUCAUGCCGAUGGAGAUGGUGGGCGAGUGUGCGGAGGCCGCGGUUGGGUUUCUGGGCUCGGAGAUCCAACGGUGGAGGAAGGAUCAGGAGGCCUUCUCGAGGUGGCGGCAGGCCAGCCCGCGCAGGGUCCAGAUCACGGUGCAGGAUAAGUGGAUGGGCAUGUUGAAGUCGCGCAUGUGA